AUGAAAGACUUGAUUAAAGUAAGUUGGGCCGACGAGGUCGAGGACCACUUGGAGAAAACGACGCUGCCGCAGUCAAAGACCGAACAAGUAGGUAACAACCGGAUAAUAACGGAAUACCGGUGGAACAAAGACGACAAGAAGGAAAAGGUGGUGCGCACCUACAAGAUCGAAAAACGGCUGGUGUCCAAAACGAUAGCAGAACGGAAGACGUGGCCCAAGUUCGGUGACUCGCGCAACGAUAAGGCCGGACCAAAUAUCGCGACGACCAUACCCGCUGAAGAGAUACAGAUGCAGUUCUUGUCUGGCAAGGACGGAGACAAAGCAGAAGAGAACCCAUUGGACAAGCUCAAGAAUGUAAACAUGAACAUCAAGUGUCGUACCUGCGGCGGCGAACAUUGGUCUUUCUCUUGUCAUCUUAAGGGCACCGGGUUAGUUGUUGAGGACAAAAAAUUAGUGCAAGAAAAGGUGUCCGAACCGGAAAAGAACACCGGAACCAACAGGCCUUACAUCCCACCUUCCGCACGAGAAGGAGCUACAAAUACCGCUGGAAAGCGAGAUCCAUACGCCCGUGGUUACGACGAGGUACCAGCUAUUCGUAUUGAAAAUCUUUCAGAGAGCACGUCAGAAGCAGAUUUGAGUGAACUAGUCAAUAAGUUUGGGCAGAUUGCUCGAAUUUUCUUGGCUUCUAACAAGGUUACAGGUGCAUGUAAAGGCUAUGCAUUUGUGAAUUUCAAAUCUAGAUUAGAUGCCGAACGAGCCAUCAAGGGCUUACAUGGUUAUGGAUAUGAUCAUUUAAUAUUGAAUGUUGGUUGGUCAACUAAUAACUAUAAAGCCGCGUAA